CGUCAUCCGGGCACUGGGAACUCCAGUGAAGUAGUAGUGAUGCCGAUGUUGUGGUUAUCCAUGCCGCCACCGUUACCUCCACCAGCGUGAAGACCGCCGUUGAGAGGGCUCACCACCCAUGGAAUUGAGCUCGGACCGUGCGGUGGCGUCGCUGGAGAUGCCGCAGGACCAAAGCGAAGACGAUGGGGCAUUUAAAAGUGAGGGGGAAUACGAGAGUUUACCACCUCAUGUCUCCGUGCUGACCCACAUGACAGCAGGAGCUGUGGCAGGCGUGCUGGAGCACACGGUGAUGUACCCCGUGGACUCAGUCAAGACACGGAUGCAGAGCUUGCAGCCGGACCCUAAUGCACAAUACAAAAGUGUGUAUGAAGCUCUGAAAAAGAUCAUUCGAACAGAAGGGGUCCUCAGACCGCUGAGGGGCCUCAACAUCACAGCACUGGGAGCGGGGCCCGCUCAUGCUCUCUACUUUGCCUGCUAUGAGCAGGUGAAGCGCUCACUGAGUGACAUCAUCCAGAGUGGAGGCAACAGCCACAUAGCCAACGGUGUGGCGGGGAGUGUUGCUACCGUUCUCCAUGAUGCUGUCAUGAAUCCAGCUGAAGUGGUAAAGCAGAGGAUGCAGAUGUACAACUCUCCGUAUCGAGGACUUUUGGACUGUGUCCGAACUGUAACGCACACCGAGGGCAUCGGAGCCUUCUACCGCAGCUACAGCACACAGCUGACCAUGAACAUCCCCUUCCAGGCCGUUCACUUCAUCACCUACGAACUGAUGCAGGAGCAGUUAAACCCCCACAGGCGCUACAACCCCAGCAGCCACAUCGUGUCAGGAGCUGUGGCGGGAGCUGUCUCUGCCGCUGUGACGACCCCGCUGGACGUUUGUAAAACGCUGCUCAACACUCAAGAGAACGUAGCACUAAGCUCCAUCAACGUCAGCGGCCACUUGACAGGUAUGGCUAAUGCCUUCAGGACGGUGUACCGGCUCGGGGGGGCGCCGGCGUUCUUCAAAGGGGCCCAAGCUCGGGUUAUCUACCAGAUGCCCUCUACUGCCAUCGCCUGGUCGGUGUAUGAGUUCUUCAAAUACUUCCUGACGAAGCAGCAGCUGGAACAGGAGGCAGGAUCCGGUCCGCUGUAAUGGAGUUUGUGUGGUUUUACAGGUGCGUUAGCUUUUGUCUGACGGGGAAGUCGCGGGUGGAGCUGUGGUGUAGAUUUCCACUCCUUAUUUUUUCCUUUUAUUAUGGGGUAUUGUUUUCGUAGUUGAAGUGACGACGCACAACCACGCUAUGCAACAAAGAGGACUGUAUUGAAGAAGACAAAGACUGGUAAACGUUCUCCACUUCACUCCAACCAUAAUAAUUUCUCCACGUCAUGACGUUUUUCUUUGUUUUUCUAAGUAUUGGAAUUUUGUUUUUAUUUAUUUUAUUGGCUUCUACUUUGUGGAAGUGGAAGAGACCGAGUGUCAUUUGUUUAUGGUUGUUGUGUUUAUGGAAACAGAUGUUUUCUUUCCACUCCUCACUGACAGCAGUCUAAUCCAAGUGCCUCAUGGGUAUCACACACACAACCAUUUUCUCCUCCACUUUCUUCUUCUAUCCACAUAGGAAAUAAUCAUACAUGUUGGGUUUAACGUAUGUUAAAGAACGCACAAAAUACCAUAACAAGCCGUUUUAUUUAGAGUUUGUCACGUUUGACCUUGAUGACCUGAAUGGUAUUUUUAAUGCUAGUAAAUGUCAUCUCUGUCUAUUUUAAUGUGCAUUUAGUACCAAGUUACCACUGUUUCCUCCUCAGUUUUAAUCAGCCAAACCGGUCCAGUGGUUUGCCUUGUAAGACUACAGUUAUCCUGAGUCAUGCACAAUGUAGAGCUUUUGUUUUUGCUGUAAGACACCUGCUUAUAUGUGUCAAAGACAUAAUUAUAUUUAAGUUACCAGUGGCUACAUCUGUAACAUCUCUAUACGUAGGUCCAAAUGCGGACCAGAGAUAAUCUGUUACAUUUUCUGUCUCUUGAUGUUUCGGUGUCAUAGCAGACUCGAAAUUUUCAGAUAUUAUAAAUAUACAGAAUAGAUGUUUAGCUUCUCAUGCAGAUUUUGUGAUUGCAAGCCUGACAGAUGAAGUGUUAGGAGCGAUAACAAUGUGCAGACUUUGGAAACCGUGAUCAAAUUUAAUCUUUUAUUUUUCUCAUCCUGUUGAAGUUGCACAUUUGCUGUGUGUUUGCUGCUUUUUCCAUCCUUUUGUCUAGUUGUAAUACAGUCAGGACAUUUUGACAGGUCCUAAAACCAGAGAGCAGGCUGAUUCAUUUGUCUUGAAGUUGGUUUAUCUGUGAGGGGGUGCCUCCUGCUGUGUACAGCUAUGCAAAGAUUAACAAACCAAAGACUUGCUGUCGCUUUCUGCUUUUGAGUGGCUGUAAACUCUCAUUCCCUCUUAGUUUCCCCCAUGUAGUAUUGAAUGCGUAAAACUUGAAUUUUGCAGCUUUUCUACAGUUGCAACAAAAGGGGACAUUUUUAUAUAUCUUUAAUUUAAAUUGUAUUAGGAAAAUAAAUGUCUGACGUAGUUUUUGUCAGAUGAUCCAAUUGAGCUAGACUGACUCAUGUUGGCUUUGAUGCCAAAUGGAUUUCAGCACUAAUAUCUAAAGACGGACCUAAAAGGUAGCCUAAUUCACUUUGUAGUUCUGCUGUUUAAUUGUGAUGAAUUCAAGCUAAAAUUUCUUUUUUGAUUAGAAAAUCAAUAUGAACAUUAUUAUUAUGAAUAUUUAAAAAGGCUUCCAGGAGGAGAAGGUUUUGAGUCUGAAACACACACUUCAUGCACUCCAUAUCAUUUUUAUUAUUGACCAUAACCUGUAGAUUGCAAAAUGUUUUACACCAAUUCUUAUACAGAUUUUUUAUAAAGAGGAAAAUCGUUGAUCUUUGUGGGAAAUUUUAUAUUGUAAAUAGUUGGAUGCUAUUUAUGCACAGUUGAUGUAAGAUGGAGGUGGGAGGGGGACCACAUCCAGAACAGGAAUGAUUAAAAGUGUAAACAAUAAAUGAUUGUAAAAGUAUAAAUAAAUGCUGCUACAGUCUGAAACACUGGAGCUGAAAUAAAAGUGGAAACAAGGAA